UUGGGCAAGCCGUCGUCAUUUUUCUUGGUGGAUAUGAGACGACAUCCACCACCCUGCAGUUUCUGUCGUACAACCUGGCACUUCAUCCUGAUGUACAGGAGAAAAUUUGCAGGAGAUCAAGGACCAGCUUGGUGAUGGUGAUGUUACCUACGAAGGUGUGGCAAAGCUGAAGUAUCUGGACUGCGCCAUCAACGAGACACUCCGAAUGUAUCCUGCUGUGAACAUAGUAAACAGACUGGCCUCGGAAACAGUGACAAUCAAAGGUGUGACAAUCCCCAAGGGCGCUGGAGUGUUGAUUCCUAUCGUCAACGUGCUGAAUGAUCCAGAAUAUUUCCCUGAACCUGAUAAGUUCAUUCCUGAACGGUUUUCUGAAGAAAAUAAAGGGAGCAGGAACCCUAUGGCCUUUCUGUCAUUUGGGUAUGGUCCUCGUCUGUGUAUUGGCAUGCGCUUGGCCCUCUUGGAGAUAAAGAUUGCCAUGGUUCACGUGCUUAGGGCAGUUAAAUUCAUCAAGACAGAUGAUUUGCAGGGCAAAAUUGGGAUUUUACCUGGAACUCUGGUCAGUACCGCAGACCGACCUGUGUUGCUCAAAGCCGAGCUGCGGGACUAAA